AUGCCGCCACCUUGUGAGUUUACAACAGCUUCAAAGGGACGCAACUGUGAAGAAGUCCCUGGCGAAGUGAUACAAGGGAGAUAAGUACGUUUCACCUUCACACUUUGGUUGCGUGGAUAUACGAUGGCCCUCUUUCUUCGCCCCAGUCUGCUGGGCAGCAUUUAUGGCAGAACUUGCGUCCGGUGGAACUCCAACCGAACCUCAAUGUGUAAAAUUAACCGAUCCAUCUAUAAACGGAUGUACCCUGUCACACUUGUCAAUCCUGAUGGAUCUACCAUUGUAAUCCGCUACAAGGAGCCUCGACGAAUUAUCACACUUCCUAUAGAUAUUGAAACUCUGACUCCAGAACAGAAGAAAUUACAGCUACAGAAACGAAAACCUAAACGAAUCAUUAAAGUAGUAGAAGAUUUUGAAGACGAUUUUGAUAUUGGCCGAUACAGUCAUCUCUGGAAGAAGUAAACCCCCCCUCUCCGUCAUCUUGUUUUACACUAUUUCAUAUUUCAAUUAAAUUAAAAUAGAUGUUAUCCCA